GUAGAUAAGAGGAAGGGAUGUUAGUGUGAUGGUAGAGGUUGGUGUGCGUGUUUGUUGACCUUGGAUCAGCUGUGUUGUGAACACGUGGAGUUAGUAUGAACAGCUUCACUUAUUGUAUAUGGCGCAGUGUUAGAGCAGCUUUAUACACAGCUAUGGAACACCAUCACCAUGCCACCAGGACUCUCACCAGACACACUCACACUGAUGUUGAUCACCAGUACGAGAAUGCUGUGAGGACACUUAAUAGCUUACAGUCCAAUGCUGUUACUCUGCAACGCAUUCGCCAAGAUCGAGAUCAUGUGAUUACACAGAAUGUGCUUUCGUCUGAGCGCUUUUUGGAGCGCAUUGGGGUAACACGGAGUGACCUUGAUAAGCUGUCUGUCAUUCAUGUUGCAGGAACCAAGGGCAAAGGGUCAACAUGUGCUUUCAUUGAGAGUAUUUUACGAGAGCAUGGCUACCGCACUGGUUUCUAUUCCUCCCCCCAUCUUGUAGCUGUUCGUGAAAGAAUACGAAUCAAUGGACAGCCCUUACCAAAAGAAGACUUUACUGAGCAUUUUUGGGAUGUGUACAAUAAACUCGCUGCUAAGAAGGAAAGUGAAGAUGACAUGCCAGCAUACUUCAAAUUUCUGACAGUUAUGGGACUGAAAGUUUUUUUGCGUGAGGAAGUGGAUGUUGUUGUUCUGGAAGUAGGCAUUGGAGGAGAGUGUGACUGCACUAAUGUAGUAAAAAAGCCUGUGGUUUGUGGUAUCACGACACUAGAUAUUGACCACACCUCCAUCCUAGGUAAUACAAUUGAGUCAAUUGCAUGGCACAAAGCAGGCAUAAUGAAGCCUGGGGUACCUACAUUUACAGUGGAUCAGCAGCAGAGCUCCUCCUUACUUGUCAUGAUGGAGAGAGCCAAGGAGAAGAAGUGUGAGCUGUACAUAGUGCCUCCCCUUGAAAGCUAUGGAUGGGAUAAACGACCUCUACAGUUAGGUCUGGCAGGAAGCGUUCAAUACCAAAAUGCUUCUCUUGCCCUCCAGGUCUCACAAUACUGGAUUAAUUCACAGAUUAAAGGAACUGAUGCUAACAUCAGAUGUAUGAGUGCUCCACAUGCAGCCCAUGUAAAUCUUAAGGUUGCUGCCCCAUACACACUAUCUGAUGAAGAAGCUUGUGGCCUCAAAUCUGUUGUCUGGCCGGGAAGAUCUCAGGUGAUGCCAUAUGGCCCUUUGACAUUUUUCAUAGAUGGAGCUCACACGGUUGCCAGCAUGCAAGCAUGUGUGGAUUGGUUUGUUAAGACUGUACAACUUCAUACAUCACAUGAUAAAAUGAAGCCUUAUCGUGUGCUUAUGUUUAACUCGACUGGAGAUCGUGAUCCUGAAACACUGCUAAAAUUUUUGGCUGCUUGCAAGUUUGAUUUAACGGUGUUUACAACAAACCUCAUCACCACAACAAUGAAUGCAUCGUCUGAUCAAACAAAUUAUUCAGUAUCACCAGAUGAAAUGCAUUUACGAUGUGAAAGGCAGAGGAACACUUGGAUCAGAAUUGUGAGGGAGCUUCAGAACAGCAAGCAAAUACACAUUUGUCCAGAGAAAUCAGUACAAUCUGAAAAUAUCACUGAAGAAAGUCCACAGAAGAAGCAAAAUAACAUCAUCAGAGAAAGUGGAGACAAUUUGAAUCUCUCAACUAGUUUACCAGCAACAGAUGUACCAAGUAUAAUAUUUCCAUGUAUCCAUGAUGCUCUUGCAUGGCUGUCAUGUGAGCGUGUUCCAAAUCUGAGAGGGGAGCUUCUGACACCCCCAGCCUUUCCACCACCGCCUCAGUUACAAGAAGCUACCCAGGUACAGAUAUUAGUGACAGGGUCACUACACUUGGUUGGAGGAGUGUUGGCAUUGAUAGAUCCUGGGUUGUCCAGUGCUAUGCACACCCGUACUGCUCACAACAAGCCACCUUCACUUACUGAUCUCGUUCUCAACAACUAUGCCCAGUUUUCCUCACCAGGAGCCCCUUGACACUGACGAGUCUUUGGAAAAUUUACCUGCUUUCCUCUACCUCUACGUAAAUCUAUACAGCCUCUCCUCACUUAAUGAUGGAGUUCCGUUCCUAAGACCAAGUCGUUAAACGAAUUCAUCGCUAAGUGAGGAGCCUACUACACCUACCAUCUGACUUAUGACCGAGCUUGGUUCCGACUAACUGGUUGUAAGUCAAAAUGGAUCGAACCUUGCUACUGAAUAUCGGCAUCACAUUAAGUAAUGAUUUUAUUUUAUUGUUUUAUUUUGGUAUUUCAUUUUUUAUUUUACUUUUUAUGCUGUUAGUACUGUAUUUUAUACUGUAAGGUUUAGGAAAAACAGUGUGUAAAACAAAGUUGUUUAUUUCCCAGAACGCUUGCAUACAAAGCAUGGUCGUAAGUCGAGUGGUCGUAUGUUGAGCAGGUUGUAAGUUGGAUGGUAGGUGUAUAAUGGUAGUGAGCCUGUGUCAACCAUCUUUGAUAUUGUUUUUAUGUCACCUUCGCACCAUUUAUAACAUUUCUGGUAUAUUUUUAAAUGUUUAUACAGUAGUAUACUGUAUAUUGAAAUAAAUAGAAUAGAGGAAAUCAGCACUAAUAUACAUUAUUUAGGUUUGAAUACUGGUCAGAGAGCCUGUUGUAAGUCCAAGGUGUCAGUAAACGAGUACAUCGCUAAGUGAGGAGAGGCUGUACUUAUGUAUGUUGUGAAGAAAAGACAUGUUUACUGAAAGAGCUUUUAUUGGGAAAGUGUUUUAAUCUGUUAAGUUCUUUAUCAAGUCAUAGGAUACAAAUUGCAUACAUGUAGUAUAUACAAUACUGGUAGGAGAGGCAUAAGAAAGUAAAAUCGAUGGAGUGUGAUGAACUGUGGAACUUCCCUUUGGGAAGUUCCUUGAUGCUGGUGAGGGGCUCUUGACCUAAGGAAUUGGAUUUGAGCUUUCCUUCCUUGGAUUGAACCUGAUUGCAUCCCAUUUCCUCUAGGCACUUUGGGACCAUUAUGGGAUCAGUGUCCCCUCUCCCCUCAAAAUUAUGCUUUUGGUAACCCUCACACCUUGUCCUUACCUCCAUACUCCAAAUUUUCUGCAUAAUAUUCACACCACACAUCGCCCUCAAGCUCGUUUCCACUGCCUCCUCCUUUCUCUUCACUGUUAGGUUUAAAACCCAUGCUGUGUAAUAAUAAUAAAUGUACUGCAAAGGUACACUGGACUGCUAUGUUGAAAUUCUACGUGGUUCUGGAUAUUAUAGCUGCAUUUAGUUGUGACUGCAAUAAUAAUCUGGGUAUUAUAUUUACCCUAUUCCUGCACAAAUUUAUUGCCAAGAAUGUGCCAGUAAUGCAUUGUGUUAGUGGUUUGGCAUAUACUUUAAGUAUGGGAGGUUCCAGGAGACCUAAAGGUACAUAUCACAUUCGUGCAUGUGAGCAUAUCUUUGAUGAAGAAGGUGAUCUAUUUUCUUCAGGGACUGUGUGAACAAUUCUGUUGAUUUUCUGCUCUGGAUUUCUUUUCUGGCAUUUGUUGUUUCUGAAGACUUAAUCGGUUUAGCGCUUUCUUUGAUUAUAAUAAUAAUGACUUAACAUUUUUGUGUUCCACCAUGUGUUCAUAGUUUACCUUGGAUGCUAAGUUACAUUUUUCUAACUAAGAAAAUAUGCUGUACCUUGACAUACUAGAAAGUGAUAGCAUGCUCUUCAAAUAUGCCCUCUAAAGAGGUUCCUUGAUGCUGGUAAGGGGCUUUUGAUCCCUUUCUUGGGUUAAAGCCAAGUGCCUGCCUUUCCCUAGAUCCUAUAUGACUCCUACAGGUUUAGCACUUUUCCUUAAAUAUAAUAAUCAAGUAAUGAAAUGUGUCUUUCCUUCAUUAUUGUUGGUGGUACAUUAUUUGGAUCCACUUACCUACAUAGAUAAUCUGCAAUUUAAUUCUUUAUAUUCAAUGUACUCUAAUAAAUGAAGUGGGAAGUACAAUGCCUGCACUUUAAUGGAAGGGUUUGGGAUAUUGGCAGUUUGGAAUGACAUCUAAACUGUCGUAUCUGGGUGCCUCUGCAAACACAGUGAUUAUGUGUGGAUGAUGGUAAAAGUGUGUUUUUUGGGUCACCCUACCUUGGUGGGAGACAGCUGAUGUGUAAAAAAACUUGUCUCAAUUUUCAUUAGUUUAUGCAAUCAGGAAAAGUUUUGUGAAACAUUAUAGACUGUUUUAGUAACAUUGAAAAAACUGCAGUUAUGUAAAAUACAAGCAGGUUAAAUAAGAAAAUUGCCAUGUUGACUAAAUUACAUUCAGAAGAGUUAAUAUGAAAUUCCUUUUUCAGUUUUAGCUUUAUAUAAAAUAUUGUAACUGCUGGUUUAAAAUAGGCUCCAGGAUGACUCAAAGAAGGAAAGUAUAUUUAUACAAAAUAAACUUGUAAGGCAAACAAAAGGUAAAUAGACUGCAGUUAAGUUUUUAUUGGAACAUUACAUCCACAAGUGGGCUUGAUCAUGCACUUGAUAAAGCCCACUCUUGAAUGAAAUUAUAUACUGUACCAACAAAGACUUGACUGUAUUGUCUAAAACAGGUUUACCUUUAUUCAUUACCUAGCUGUCUUUUCUGAAGUAUAGGGACAUCACAGUUUCAAUAAAUAAUUGUACUUAACAUCCCCAUUCACCCUUCACAAUGUAGGCACUGUGCUUAUCAGUUAUUCAACUCUGACUAAUUGGUCUCCCUGCAUAGAUAUUACCUUGCCUCCAUUCUGAAUUGGUAACUUAUAAACAUAACUAAAACUUCAUGUUAACCCUCAAAAACUACUCAUUCAUUCCACUUUGUUUUAACACUCACAUAUCUAUCUGAUCCUUGUGGGUUUAGAAUUUGUUUUAAAACAAAAUAACAAACCAAAUCGGAUGCUUUACAUUCUGUAUGUGAUAAUUAUACCACCGUGUCACAUUCUGUAUAUAUUUUUCAACCAUUGAAUACAUAUAUAGCUAUGGUGAUAGGAUACAGCAACUUUAGUGCAUUCACUACCCUGAUCUCAUCAGGGAAUAUAUAAUAUACUGUAUUCUGUUACUUAAAUGAAAAAAUAUAAGCUAUAAAUGAGAUGGCAGAAGGUAUUUUAUUAUUCUGGCCUAUCACAUUACCUUCACAGAUAAAAUUCACAACCCUUGAUGAAGUAAUAUAUUUCAAACAUGAACAUUUGUUAAUAAAUAAUAGCAAUAAGAAUAAAUACUAUAAAAGUUUGGUUGAUGAAUGUUCACAUUCAAAGAGUAAUAUGGGUAGGAGAUAGCCAACAUGUUAAAAGAAAUUAAUAAUAAUAUUACAUGUUUGUGUAAAACACUUACAAAAUAAAAUGCUAAAAAUGAC